UACCUGUACAUCGGUGAUGACGGCUCUGUCACAGAUCACGUGUCAUUGUUUGGAGCAGGAAACUGUCUCGUCGGUUACGUCCUGAACGCAACACACACCAGCCGCUGCCCGGGACACUUUCCUCACUCACUGAUGUGUAUUUGCCCCUCACCGUGUCCGGCAAGGGAUGCCUCUCCGGUAGAAGGGAAAUCUGAUUACCAACAUGCGUAGAUGUGGGAUAAACAAAUCCGACACGCAUCCAGCUGCUGCCGCCGCCGCCGCUGCUAGCUCGCUAGGUAGCUAGCCACCGUAGCUCAGCCCAGCUCGGCAGCCUGCGGGGGGGGAAAGGGAGCUAACCGUGGCUAGCUAAACCUCCAAGACGUGGAAGUUGAUAAUUACCUGGCUGCUAAGUCAGCUAGUUGUUUAUUUUUUUGUAAGGAAACAAAAGGAGGAGACAAAAUGGAGCUGUUCCAAGCCAAAGACGACUACAUUCUCCAGAGCGGGGACCGAGCUCUGUGGUGCAGCCGAAAAGAUGGGACCAUGACCGUCAGACCUGCGACAGACCUGCUGUUGGCCUGGAACCCGGUGUGUUUGGGUUUGGUGGAAGGUGUCAUUGGAAAGAUACAGCUUCACACAGAUCUUCCUCUCGGCCUCGUUUUAAUCCGCCAGAAAGCGCUGGUGGGCCAUUUACCGGGCAACCACAAAGUCUACAAGAUCACCAAGAUAGCUGUCAUCCCUCUGUCUGAUGAGGAGCCCCAGGAGCUCGAGCUGGAGCUUUGCAAGAAGCAUCACUUCGGCAUCGACAAACCAGAGAAACUGGCCCAGUCUCCAGACGAGUCAAAGUUCUUGAUGAAAACUUUAAGUCAGAUCAAAUCUAACGUGGCUGUGCCCAUCAAGAAAAAGUAUUCCCCUGCCUUCCAGGUCAAGGAAAACAAAGAGAAGGAGCGGCUGGAGAGGCGGCUGCUGGAUGAGCUGUACAAGAUAUUCAUGGACUCCGACUCCUUCUACUACAGCAUGACCUACGACCUGACAAACAGCGUGCAGCGUCAGGGAGACUCAGAGAAGACCGGCUUACCUCUGUGGAAACAGGUGGAUGACCGUUUCUUCUGGAAUAAACACAUGAUCCAAGACCUUAUUGACCUUCAGGUCCCGGAGGUUGACUUCUGGGUGAUACCGAUCAUCCAGGGGUUUGUGCAAGUGGAGGAGCUGGUGGUGAACUACAACGAGACGUCCGACGAGGAGAGGAGCAGCCCCGAGACCCCGCCGCAGGAAAUCACCUGCGUGGAUGACAUCCACCCUCGCUUCACCGUGGCCCUGAUCUCCAGGCGUAGCCGGCACCGCGCAGGGAUGCGGUACAAACGCAGAGGAGUGGAUACAGAUGGCCAUGUGGCUAACUAUGUGGAGACAGAGCAGCUGAUCCACGUGCACAGCCACACUCUGUCCUUUGUGCAGACUCGUGGCUCCGUGCCGGUCUUCUGGAGCCAGGCGGGGUACCGCUACAACCCCCGUCCACGCUUAGAGAAAGGGGAGAAGGAGACGAUGUCUUACUUUGCUGCUCACUUUGAAGAGCAGCUAAAACUCUACAAGAAGCAGGUCAUCAUUAACUUGGUGGAUCAAAGCGGACGAGAGAAGAUAAUCGGCGACGCGUAUCUGAAGCAAGUCCUGCUUUACAACAACCCGAACCUCACAUAUGUUUCGUUUGACUUCCACGAGCACUGCCGAGGUAUGAGGUUUGAGAACGUACAAAUACUGACGGAUGCAAUUUCUGAUAUCAUCACUGACAUGAAAUGGGCCUGGGUGGACCAAGCAGGAGUCAUCUGCAAACAGGAGGGAAUCUUCAGAGUCAACUGUAUGGACUGUCUGGACCGGACCAAUGUGGUUCAGGCUGCUGUCGCUCGGGUCGUGAUGGAGCAACAGCUGAAGAAACUGGGUGUGAUGCCCCCAGAGCAGCCUCUGCCUCUCAAGUGCUACAGGAUUUAUCAGAUCAUGUGGGCCAACAACGGAGACACCAUCAGCAGACAGUAUGCAGGCACAGCGGCGCUCAAGGGAGAUUUCACCAGGACGGGGGAGAGGAAACUGGCCGGUGUGAUGAAGGAUGGCGUGAACUCAGCCAACCGCUACUAUCUGAACCGCUUUAGGGACGCUUACCGACAGGCAGUCAUCGACCUAAUGAUGGGCCUGCCGGUGACUGAGGACCUGUACUCCAUCUUCAGCAAAGAGAAGGAGCACGAAGAGAAGGAGAAAGAGAGCCAGAGAGGAGCUCAGGAGCAGGUCAGCCUCCUGCUGCAGACCUACAUGCAGCUUUUGCUGCCGGAUGACGAGAAGUUUCACGGUGGCUGGGCCCUCAUCAACUGUGACAUGAGCCUCAUUGAUGCAACCAACAAAGACGUUGAUGUGCUGCUACUCCUGUCCGACAAAGCCUACUACAUCGCUUACUACGAUGAGGAGGCAGAUAAAGUCAACCAAUACCAGCGCCUCAAUUUAGAGGGUUUGGAAAAGAUCGAGAUUGGUCCAGAGCCGACUUUGUUUGGGAAGCCAAAGUUUUGCUGCAUGCGUUUGCACUACAGGAACGAAGAGACGAGCGGGUACUUUCACACUCUGAGGGCAGCAACACGAAACCCUGAGGACGAUGGAAAAGAUACGUUGCAAUGCAUAGCUGAGAUGCUCCGCAUAACAAAACAGGCCACAGGGUUGGACCUGCUUGUGGUCGAAAAGAAGCUGGAGAGGCGACAGAGCAGACCUCAUGAGGACAUCAUGGGAAUCCAGAACAAACCUGCUGAUCAGGUCCAGGGUAGCUCUGGUUUGGCACAGGGCAAAAGUUUCCUCCUCAACAAAUUCUCCUCCCUCAAUCAGAAAGUGAAACAGACCAAGACGAAUGUAAACAUCGGCCCCUUCAAGCCGCUGGGGAAGCUCGGCACCUUUUCCAAGCCUGACGUAAAAGUGAAUUUCCUAAAACCAACUAUGCACGUCAACCUGUGGAAGUCGGACAGCAGUUUAGAGACGUCGGACAACACCGGCGCCGGAGCCUUGAAAGACAUCGGUGACGAUCACUCUGAGAUCUCCGACGACUCUGACUCCUAUAACUCUGACCCGGAGCACCCCUGCUCUGGUUCUUUGGAGAACGUGGACUAUGUGCUGCCCAGCUGCGGCAUCGUAGCAUCAAACCCACGACUGGGCAGCCGCUCCCAGUCGAUCGGUAGCGUGGAGCUAAAUAUCCCCUCCGUUAUCCGGGUCACUGGCUGUGACGGAGUGCAGGAAAGCUCCUCUCAAGUCGGCGACGACAAGUCUCCAGGUGCCGCCUCGGUGGCUGAAGAAGCCAUCCUGAUUGACUUUGGUACUCCCAUUGAUGCCUACUGCCACCAGUUCGUCCAGGAUGCACAGACCAAACCUGUUGAGGUGUUUGGAGAGCAUCCGCCAGCUCCAGUACCUCCACUCAACCCUACGGUGCCUGUGCAGAACAAGACCCCAGCAGAAUCAGACAAGCAGCCGAGCUCCGAGCAACAGCAGCAGGAAGAGCCCCAGCUCCCCAGGCCAUCCCAGCUUGACGUCCAGUCCACUACCUCCAGUUCCAACCUCCUCACCGUCCAGAAGCCCAGCUCUGCGGUCUCGGGAGGCUCUCAGAGGAGUCUGAGUUCGCAGUUGGAGGGCAGCCUCGGCCCCUCGCCCGCUGACAGCAACGGCAGCCGAGUGGUGUCCCCCUUUGCCAAGAUCAAGAGCUCCAUGGUCCAGGUGGCCAGCCUCACCCAGGCCGGACUCACCCAGGGCAUCAACUUCGCCGUGGCAAAGGUACAGAAGAGCCCCGAGCCGGACGCCGUCAACGAAGCCCAAGAGAGUGAGCUGAAGGCAAUGUUUACACAGUGCCAGACCAGGAUCAUUCAGAUCUAGUGCUUUCCUUGUAGCAGUACCGACGUGUUCAAACUUCCUGUAUGGUAGCAGUAGCAAAAGCUUGCACAUAGCGUCACUACUCGGCCAAGAAAACGCGCUCUUAAAUUCGCCCUUUAGUUAAACUCGCCCGUAUUAACAACGACUCUUGUACAGAAUUUACAAACAUACAACAUAAGCCCCACAUGAUGGUGACCAUGUUUACAUGCACACAACUAUGAAUUCCUUUACUCGUAAGGGAGCUCACCCUUUUGCCAUUGCAAUCUCAUUUAAAACGAUCAGUUGUCAUGAAUAUAAGUAACUGAAACGCGUAUGCACAUCUAAAAUCCAAAAUCACUCCAGAAAUCCUGCAGCUGCUGAAUUAGAUUUGUCAAAGUACAGUUUCCCUAUUAAAUCAGAGAUAAAUAACUAACGCAUCAUAAGAUAAUUAGGUUUUUAAGGUGUUUUAAACUCCUAGAGUCGUAAGCAGGGUGUUUUUGUGCACGUAAACAUGUCGCUGUGCUCGGUCUGAAAAGUCUUAACUACCCACAAUGCUUGCAUGUGAGGUUAACGGUAACAUCAGAUUUUUUGACGAGGCUGCAUGUUGAAAACGACCAACUCUCGACUCCUUAUCAUGUACUGUACCGUCAUCCUGUAUGUGCAGGUCACUUAUUGGCGUUUGUGAUACAUAUAAAUAGAUAUAUAAAAAGAAAACAACCUUUGAUUUGUUAACAGUUGUCGUAGAAGCAGACCAAAUAUCUUUCGUGGUUUUUUUUCCCCCAAAAGGACGAUUCCAUGUUAACCAUUACCCUUUGUAUAGCUGUCAGAAACUAGCCAGACGACAUACUGUACGUAGUUAAUCCUAUGUAAUAUCAAUGUUGUCAAGUGUAACUUAGAAGAUUAUAGACAUAACGACUACACAAGACCUUAGUAAGUAAGAGUAUCCUGGUUGUUGAUAUGUACAGUGAGUAUUGUAUGUUUAACUGUUCCCUGAGUAGAGCCUUCCCUUCAGCUUUUUUGGUAUUGAUGGUAGGGUGGCAGCUUAACGUGUUCAAAGAGGUAUGAGCAUUAUAUUUUGAAGGAGAAGGACGCCCAGCACUGUCGUUGCUAACCACGAGUAAACCAGAAACCUGCUGGUUGGAGUUGUUUUUGAUAGAUAUAUAUAUAUAUAGAAAGAACUAUUCUGCUAAUGGUUGUACUAAUUGUUUUUGAACUCAGUCAGCGUUGAUUUUGACGUUGCAUGUUUGACAAAGACAGGAGAGUAGCAUAUAGUAGGUAUAUAUGCAAUUGCACCCACCUGAUUUUAUUUAGAAACACUGACGCUUUAUGCACUCCCCUAAACUGAAAGCAUAUUUGCCUUAAACAGGGAACUGAAGUGGGGUUAUGUAUAUCAGGUAUUUAUGGCAAAAUCUACCUUUUUAAGUCCAUUCUUACAUGUUACAUUUGGUGUACUGUAUAUAUAUAUUAAAAAAAGAUCAUGUUCAGGGUUACUGUCUGUCAUUGAGCUUUAUCUUGGGAUGUUUCAGCUGCCACGGAGCAGGUUUAAGAGGCGUAAACUGUUGCUGCUGGUGUUUUGGACUGCUUGUUGUUAUAUUUAUGUGCUACGACGCUGUAAACACUGUUAAACUGUUGGUGUGUUUUUGCGUUAACCUCAGGAGAGAGGUUUUGCCUCGUUAGGCGCCCGUUAAACUUUAAAAAUCUCCCACAGAUGAAAUUAAAACACCACCUCAUCCUACUCUUACGUGUUUAUCUGUCUGUUCCUCAUUAAUAAUAAUAAUAAUAAUAAUGAUGAUAAUCUGUUUUGCUUCCAGCUGAAAUAGCCCAAGAUAAAACGGUCACUCGUUUAAUAUUUUGUGUUCUGCUUUCUGCAUUCGGCUUGCUCACCAGCAGAUAGGAUGUGGGAUUCUUGUAUAUUUUAUCUGAUAAUAUAACUGUAUCAAAACGAGAGUGUUGCCUUGGCUGCUUUGUGGGUGCUAGAUUAUAAUAUAGUUAACGAACCUGCUGAUAGUGUGUGUGGUGCUGCCAAAGCUUGAAGGAUACAGCUGUAAUGCAAAGAGGGUAAAAAAUUUUUUGUUUGUUUGUUUGCUUUUUUUUUUUUUUAUUUCCUUCAGGAUCGCAAACACUGGAGCAGUUCUCAAGCAAAAGCAGAAACUUGUUCUGUCCUAAACUGGCUGUAUUAAGCUAAAAGGAACAGUAAAUCCUCAACAUUCCUGAUAGAGACCACAAUGCUAGAAGUGUUUUUAUAUGCAAAAGCUGACAUAGUUAAAAGAUUUAAUCCUGUAUUUGCUGGGUGAGAUUUUUUUUUUUUUGGUCUCCAUACCUUAUUAUUUUUACACCAAGUGCUUUUGCAACCACCUCUUUGUUUGUCGUCUGUGGUUGUCUCCCCCGUCUUCCCCUUCCUCUCCCAUUAGGACCCCAGACCAUGACAAAUUAUCAUGUGACUCGAGGUCCUUAAAGCAUUUGAUUUGCACUGUUCCAAGCACAUUUUUCUAGCAUUAGCACCAUUUCAUCUGAAUGUCUGUGGUCAUGUCUCUCCUCUUUACCAACUGACUGUUGUUGUCAUUGUUUUCCACAGUGUACUGAGAUUGUAUUGUAUAUUAAAGUAUCCUAUUUAUUCUUAUCUUUUUUUUGGGUGUGUUACUUGAUAACAAAGUGCACUGUACACUCUUUGUUUAGGAAGAUAUUCCAUCGGAAUAAAAAGUACAUGAGUGAA